CACCGAAUAGUUAAUAAUAAUAAUAAAAAUAAAAGAAAAGGGUGGGGAGAGGGAGGGCAGCGAACCUAUGGCGUCCGUUGCUUCCGCGGCCGCCGUUGACGACGAUGGCGACGAGACUCUCGCGUCACCGGCUGAGUCCCUUGAUCUCAUCCUUAGUCGUCUUCUCCCUUUUCUGCUGUCCGCUGCUCUCUCCGCCCGGACUCUCGUUGGCCGAUGGCGUCUCCUCCACUCCAAGCUCUCCCUCCUCCUUUCCGCCCUUACCGACGCCGCCGGCUCCCCCAACUGGCCUUCCAACCAGCUCUUCCGCGAUCACCUGCUGCCUGCGCUGCUCUCUACCCUGCGUAACCUCCGGUCCCUCUCCGCCCUCUGCCUCGACCAGGACCUCCCUGGAGGGAAGCUCCGCCUACAAAGCGACAUCGACAUCGCCGCUUCCGCGCUCUCCCUCCACCUCCACGACCUCCACCUUCUCCUCCGCUCCGGCCUGCUCCACCACGACGCUUCCCUUGCGUCGUCUGCCGAUGACUCCGCGGCGAUUGUUCUUCCGCUCCCGGCUCCCUCCGCUUCCCGCGCCGUGCUCGCCCUCUUCGUUCGCGACAUUUUCGCUCGUCUUCAGAUCGGCGCGCUAGAUCUCAAGGGCAAGGCUCUUGAUUCCCUCCUGGAGCUUCUCGCGGCCGACCCCGCGAAGAUCUCCCGCCUUGUCGUCGAGGAGGGAGACCUACCCUCGCUUCUCCGCCUCCUCGAUCCCUCCGCCCACUCUCUGUUACGCGACAGCACGGCGGCGGUGGUCUCCCUCCUUGCCACCGCCUCCGAUGUCUCUCGCCGCGCCGUUUUCGAGGAGGGCGCCCUCGGCCCCCUUCUGCGCCUCCUUGACUCCGGACCCGCGGUUCUGAAAGAGCGCGCUGCCACGGCGAUCCACGCACUGACAGCGGACCAUGCCUGCGCCUGGGCAGUCUCUGCCUACGGCGGCGUUUCGAUUCUCGUCGCCGCCUGCCAUUCUGGAUCCGGAUCGCCUUCCGUCCAAGCCCUCGCAGCCGGUUCCCUGAAUAACGCGGUAGCAAUCGACGACAUUAGGGCAGCGAUGGUGGAGGAAGACGCCGUGUCAGUACUCCUUGACCUCCUCCUUUCCGGCAACCUCGAAGCGCAGAAGAACGCUGCCCUCUGCUUGGCAUCCCUGGCCGCGAUGGGCGGUGCCGAGAUCUGCAAUGCUAUCCUUCAAGAGAACGGUCCCCUCCGUCUCCUCCAACUCCUUCGAGCCGUGUCCGACCCAGAAACAAUAGACCACACUCUGAAAGCGUUCAGUGCCCUUGCAGUAUCUCCGACGGCAACCAAAUUCCUCUCUUCAUCCCCGCCACUCUUCGCCCAACUGACGGAUCUGAUCAAGCGUGGGAACGCCGGGAUCAAACACUCCGCGGCGGCUCUUGUAGCCGACCUAUCCCCUAGCGAAGAGACAAAGCGAUCGAUGUCAGAAUCCAUGCCGGCGUUGAUCAAGAUGAUGGAGUGCUCCAAACCCUCGAGCGCGCAGGAGGCGGCUGCCGCGGCGUUGACGUCGCUGCUGGCGGUACGGGCAAACCGGCGCGAGCUAUCGAGGGACGAAAAGAGCGUGACCCGGCUGGUCCAAAUGCUCGAGCCGACGAGCGAUGUGAUUGCCGGGAAGGAGCUCCCGGUGGCAGUCGUGCUAGCUCUCACAUCCAGCAGCGGCGGCGGGGCACGGAGGCGGCUCGCUGACGCCGGCGCGUGUCAGCACCUCCAGAAGCUGUCGGAGGCCGACGUGCCGGGCGCAAAGAAGGCCUUGCACCGCAUCACCGGCAGCCGUCUCAAAAACCUGUUCUCCAUUUCAUGGCCGCAGUAACGAGCGUCUCGCCAUUAUUGAUCAUCAAGGUAGAUUGCUCAAGGCGGGAAGGAUAACUAUCAAGGCGAAUGCAAUGACACAAGAAAAUAACAGCAAAAAGGAUUGUGUUUAAUCGAAUUGCAAAUAGAGCAAUAGUUAUUAAUUGGAUAGCGGUAGUUAGACAGCGGGACGAUAGAGGAAGAGGCAUUCAUGGAUGCGAGUUUUAGCGUGUAUCCUUGUGCUAUUUGCUGUUUACUUAAUUUUGCUUGGGCUUUUUUUUUUCUUAAAUAUAAAUAUCUGUUUGGUGAA